CCGUAUUGUCGGUCAAUACAUUGGUGCCCGAGUUCCACACCGAAUCGUAUAUUACCACAAGCGCUGCCACUUAGCCGUCACAAUGCGUCAAGAUGGCCGAUGAUUCUUCUACCGAUAAUCGCCCCUUCUCCCUCGCCCAUCGUCUUCCCAAUCCUACUCUAACCGCACAUUCGUCCUGCUCAUCCUUCCACGAGAUGCCGCGCACUAGAAGGUUGCGCCUAUUAGUCGCCGCCAAUGGCCAGAGGGACGUCGCUUAUGCCCAGGCUAUCGCCGUGCGUCUGCUCAAAGACACUCAGAUCGAGACCCGAGCUCUCGUUGACGAAGUACCCGUCCGACUCACCCACGAGAUCAUUGUCAUGGAGAAUAGAAGUUUAGCGACGGUGGCCAUCGACGCGGACCAGAGGACAAGGGAUGCUAUAGAAUCGGCCAAGCAGACUGCCUUCGAACUCGUUGACUGGGCCGACUUACUCGUUCUAGCCCCUAUCGAUGCUGAUCACCUCGCUAAGAUGAUGUCCGGCAUAGCAGAUACAACCCUUCUGGAGAUAUUAAGAGCAUGGGACGUGUCUAAGAAGAUUCUUCUAGUACCUGGCAUGUCGGUGCAGAUGUGGGAAAAUCCUAUGACGAAGAAGCAACUGAGCAAGAUCAAGCGCAAGUGGAAUUGGGUUAAGGUCAUGGCCCCCGUGUUGUGGCAUUACGAGGGACAUAGUGCGCAUAAGCGUAUAGUGUCUUGGGAUGGAUUUAACGAUCUCGUCGGCAUAAUAAAGAACCAAGCCGAGCUGAUGAGCCUAGGCCACGAUGUCGAAGUCGCCACGCAGCAAGCCAUGCACACAACUACUCCAAUCCGAUCUACUAAGGCCCUACCACCUGAGAUAUGGACCAUCGUAUUUGAAUACGUCGGUGAUUGGGAAGUGGCCACUGCUCUUAAUGUAUAUACGAAUUUAAAGACUCCGCCAGAAUGGCGACUCGAUCGCGCUGCCAUUACUGACCCCCUUGACUUAUACAUGCACGAUCUCGAAUGGCUGAUCCUCUCGUGUCCCGGAUCCGACAAAAUCUGCGACAAGCUUGCCCAAGCGCCUAAAGGACUACGCUUCGUUUCCUACCUGGCAGUCAAGCUUAUUAUCAAGUUCUCGCUAACCGACGUUCUCACCUACCUGGAAACACACCUAAGUAAGGUCUUCUGGGCAUCAUUCAGCUCUAAACUGCUACCGAAUAAGGCAUCUGGGGUAUACGGUCGAACGGAUAUUCUGGACUGGUGGAACACGUCCCCGUCAUUCCUUAAGAAGGAAUACGACGCCGAAGCAUUGGAUAACGCUUCUCGCAUGGGAUAUGUCCACGUGUUGGACUGGUGGCUCCGCUCCGGUCUCUCUCUUAAGUAUACUGAGGCCGCACUGGAGUCGGCCUCGGCAAAGGGACACCUACUCGUGCUGGAGUGGUGGAGAGACGCCGCCCUGAAACACGACAAUAUCCUGCUUAAGCCCGGUCGCAGUCUCCUCACUGCCGCUCAACAGGGGCAGACGGCAGUACUGCGCUGGUGGGAAUCAUCGGGUAUCCCGGCGGCGCACAGCGAAGGCGUGUGCAAGAUCGCUAGCGCGCACGGGCAGACGGGGGUGCUCGACGUGUGGCGCGAGCUCAAAGGCGAUAAAUUGUCUUUCGACUCGCAGGUCCUGGUCGCGCCGACGAAACAGGGUUACGUCGAGGUGCUGGAGUGGUGGAAGAAAUAUGCGAGGGGCGAGGACCAGGCCGACGGGCGAUCGCAUAGGGUGGAAUAUAAGACGUGCGAUAUCGAGGAGGCGCUUGAGGAUGCUAUUGGCGACCCGAGACCGGUGAGGCGGUGGUGGGCUAGGAACGGGUUGAAUUUGGGGCUGGGGACGAAUGAGUGGAUGAAGAUUCGGCGGCUUUAAAUCGCGGGCAAGGUUUUGCUAUGUGAGCGCAUUGAUGCUUGAGGUACGCCAUCUACCAAGGUCAUCGAUGCCUCGGGAGGAUGUGAAAUACAUAGUCGGAUACAAUGAUGAAUAUAUCUGGGCUUUGUUCUGUGGUCAUGAGGCUCCGUAUACUGGUUCGAACGAUGUUUAAAUUGCUAUGAGCAAAGUCAAGGCUAUAUAAUCUACCAGUCAAGAUUCUCGGACAAUAUAAUGUACUUGACAGAUACUCUGGUGUCUUGCGAAUUAGACGUCUUCUACGACUAUUUUGCGGGC